AUGCCUUCAAUGGCGCAGAACGGUCCCAAAAACACAAUACAAGCUCAAAAACACAAACCGGGCGCCAAGCUCUCCAUCCAAUCUCGCAACGGAGAUGCUAUUGCCAGGGAAGCAUUGUUGGAUCCAUAUCUCUCUAGGUCGAAAUCUGUCAUUGACCAUGCUAAUGUCAAUAAUAAGAAGGCCAGCAGUGGCACAAUGAAGGAGAAUGAAAAAGGAGCUGAGUGCACUGGUUUUCUCAAGCAGUGCCAAAGCAGGAAAUUUCCUCCAUUGAAAUUAAUAAUUAUGUCUGCCAGUUUGGAUGCACGUCUUUUUUCUGAGUACUUUGGUGGUGCCAGAGCUGUUCACGUUGAAGGCCGUCAGCAUCACGUGGAUAUAUUUUAUACACUUCAAGCCGAGACAGAUUAUGUAGAUGCAGCCUUGAUUACCAUUUUCCAGAUCCAUUUGGAGGAGGGCCCAGGUGAUAUUCUUGUGUUCCUAACUGGGCAAGAAGAGAUUGAAGGUGUUGAGAGACUUGUACAGGAGCAACUUCAAAAAUUACCUGAAGGAAGUCGAAAGUUGUUAACUGUUCCAAUAUUUUCAUCUCUUCCAUCAGAACAGCAAAUGCGAGUUUUCAUGCCAGCUCCAGCUGGAUGUCGCCGUGAAGGACCAGGGAAAUGCUUUCGACUCUACCCAGAGAGUGAAUUUGAGAAGCUUGCGGAUUCAACAAAGCCAGAGAUCAAACGGUGCAACCUCUCUAAUGUCAUUUUGCAGCUCAAGGCUCUAGGCAUUGAUGAUGUUUUAGGGUUCGAUUUCCUGGAAAAACCAUCAAGGGCAGCUAUUCAAAAAUCAUUGGAGCAGCUGUUCCUGCUGGGUGCUUUGACAGAUGACUGUAAGCUAUCAGAUCCAGUCGGGCAUCAAAUGGCUCGGCUUCCCUUAGACCCCAUUUAUUCCAAAGCUCUCAUCCUUGCUAAUCAGUUCAACUGCUUGGAAGAAAUGUUGAUAGCUGUUGCAAUGCUCUCUGUGGAAUCUAUCUUUUAUAAUCCCCGUGAGAAGUCAGAUGAGGCAAAAACUGCGAAGAAGUGUUUUGCAAGUCCAGAUGGCGACCACCUUACUUUGAUUAAUGUAUAUCGAGCUGCUGAUGAAGUUUUACAGAAGAGAAUUACGGAAUUCGGUACAGAAAAAAAUGAGAAAAAUAUCAAAGGGAAAAAUGAAAAGAUUCUGAGGAAAUGGUGCAAGGAAAAUUUUAUUAAUGGUCGCUCACUGAGGCAGGCUCGUGACAUUCACAGUCAAAUUAGAGGGCAUGUCGAACAAAUGAAUCUUUCUAUUUCUUCUUGUGGAGAUGACUCUCUUCAAUUCCGUAGAUGCCUUGCUGCUUCAUUUUUCCUUAAUGCAGCCUGGAAGCAACCUGAGGGAACGUACAGGGUUGAAGUUUUGGGAAUGUUGCUGUUUCAGUCGUCCUGUAUCAUGGAUUCAUAUGAUAGAAGCUGCCUGACUGUUGGAAUCAGCAUCAAAGCAGACUUGGUUGAAGUGGUGACUGGUUUUUCAUCUGGAUGUGGGAUGGGGAGAGGCGUUGGCAGCCACAAGGAGUGCAGUUUUGAUUCCCAACCCAUUCUAAGGGGUGAGAAAAAAGCCUCUAAACGCGGUUUAAACCUUUCGCCUUUCGUAGCCUCUUCCAAUGGAAGAACUGGCCGCUUCUUUUCCCUCUCUUCAUCAGAGAAUAAAAAGAAAAAGGUACUGAGCUUUGAUGAUCAGCUUGACGAUCAGGAUUCUAAUUUGAUAUCAGAACAGGCUCUCGCUGCAGCUUUGCUUUUUCGUCAUCAUCAAAGAAAUAAUGGUAAUUCUCCUCCAUUUACUAGAUCCAACUCUGUAGUGUAUCCUUCUCCAGGUUCAAAGAAGCAAGGUUUUACAAGGAGUUCAAGGUCUAGGCCACGGUCUCAUUCUGACUCUCUGUUAAAAAGGCCUAACCAGAUUGUUAACCAGGAUCUUGAAACCAACCAUGUUGUCCUUGUCCAUGGAGGUGGUUUCGGCGCUUGGUGUUGGUAUAAAACCAUUUCCCUUCUACAGGAAGCUGGCUUUAAAGUUGAUGCAGUAGACUUAACAGGUUCUGGCAUUCAUUAUUCUGAUACAAACAGCAUUAGAAAUCUAGCCGAAUACGUAAAGCCACUUUCUGAUAUUUUGGACACGCUUGGUGAAGGGGACAAGGUGAUUUUGGUGGGUCAUGAUUUUGGUGGUGCUUGUAUCUCAUAUGUGAUGGAGCUGUUUCCGUCUAAAAUUGCUAAAGCUGUUUUUAUUGCUGCAAUAAUGCUGUCCAGUGGGCAGAGUGCCCUUGAUAUUUUUUCUCAACAGACAGGUUCCAGUGACCUGAUAAGACAACCUCAUACAUUUAUGUAUGCCAAUGGAACGGAUAACCCUCCAACUGCUAUUGACAUCGACAAAACAUUGUUAAGAGAGUGUUGGUUCAACCAGAGUUCCACCAAGGAUGUAGCAUUGGCAUCAGUAUCAAUGAGGCCAAUCCCAUUUGCACCAGUUUUGGAGAAACUCUCUCUUUCUGGCAACAACUAUGGCUCCAUUCCAAGGUUUUAUAUUAAAACUCAAGAAGAUCGUGCCAUGCCUGUUCCUCUACAGGAGUCCAUGAUAAAAUCAAAUCCACCUACACAGGUUUUCCAGCUUAAAGUCUCUCAGCAGUUACCAUUACUCUCUGAGCUGCAGCUCCUCUCUCUCGUAGCAUAUCAGAUCCAAAUCGCUCAAAAGAAUAUGGGUCGUGGAGUUAGUGCUGGUGGAGGGCAGAGUUCAUUGGGCUAUCUGUUUGGGAGUGGAGAGGCUCCAAAACCUGGCUCAAACAUUGCCCAAGCUGCUCCAAGCGAGAGCCAGCCUGCAAAUAAUCCGCCUCCUCUUAAACCUGCUGCAGCUCCUCAGCCGGCUGAAAUUAAUAAGCAGGUUCCUGCUGGUAUUAACAGUACUUCCUCAAACAACUAUAUGAGGGCAGAUGGUCAGAACACUGGCAACUUCAUCACGGAUCGGCCUUCAACCAAGGUCCAUGCUGCUCCUGGUGGUGGAUCUUCUUUGGGAUACCUCUUUGGUGGUGGUAACAACUGA